AAGUCGCUGGAUGGUGCAACUUCGCCUGGCUGCAUGGGCAGAAGUGCAGACCCCAGCCGGCGAAGGACUGCUGGAGCCUCUUGUCUCCCUCUCUCUUCUCUGCUUUUAUUCUCUAGGCAUCCCAUUGCUUGGCAUGCAGGCUGAACAGCACCAGGAGGAAGAGGAGGAGGGGGAAGAAGAAAAAGAGGGCAGCGGUGGUGGCUGUGAGCCUGAAGGUGCUUUUAGGAAGAACCCCUUCCAGCUGACGGUGGAGGACGUCUAUGACAUCUCUUAUGUCUUAGGAAGGGAACUGCACAAAAUCAGCAGUGAGCCGCGGGGGGAGAUGGCAGCCAAGGUGGCCCACCUGCAGUUCAAGGUGGUCAGUGUCCUGGAGAUGUUGGAAGCCCUGGUGAACGAAAGCAACCUGACGGUGGAAGCCCUGAAGAUGGAGAGGGACAGCCUGAAGCGGGAGGUGGAGGAGCUCCGGAAACAGGGGUCCCACAGCGCUGCAGAAGAGGUCAGCCUUGGCCCCAACAAGAUGGUCGUAGACCUCACGGAUGCCAACCGCCCCCGCUUCACGCUGCAGGAGCUAAGGGAGGUGCUCCAGGAACGCAACCACUUGAAGGCCCAGCUAAUGGUGGUGCAAGAAGAGCUACAGUGCUACAAGAGUGGCCUCAUGUCACAGAAGCAGCAUCCGAUUGAGCCAACACACAAGGAACCCGCUGUAGGCAGCGCUUCUGGUUCAAGUACAGGAAGCGAAGAGAAAACCAUCGUAAAAAGACUGUUUGCUUUUAAAAGGCCACGAUGAAGAGCUGCUUUGUCACCAUGACUCAAAAAAAUCUGACUGUACAGGAAGCAGAAAACCAAGAAGCGCAACAGCUAAAGUGUGUCUAUUUCUUACUGUGAUCGCAGAAGUUUCAGUUGUGUCGAUUUUUCCACUGUCUUAAAUUCCCCAUGUUUGUACCAGUUUCUAAAGACCGAAACCAUUUCCUAUCUGUUACAGAUGUCAGCCUCAUACUGGAAUUUUUUUUGGUCUAGAGGGGGCAAAAAUAAAUUCACGCACUUUUGGUUUUUGUAUCUUUUGAAAGAGGUUCACUGGUUUUAUUUCAUACUUCCAUUGCGACAUGCUACUGUUCUGGGCAGCUGCAGGACUAUCUGAAUAUUUAUGCUGAUUUGAAGAGGCUUUAGUCAUGGAGUCACUUGAUUUAAAAAACCAGACAAAAUUUAUAGGGCAACAGUGGGAGUGAAGCAAGAGGAGCCUUGCUGAAUCUGACCAACAGGGCAUCUUCUCUAUUUUAGCCGUUAGUCUGUAGUAGCAAAAUAGAAAAGAGUCCAGUAGCACCUUUAAAACUAACCAACUUUACUGUAGCAUAAGCUUUCGAGAACCACAGUUCUCACGUUCUCAAUAUCUCGUACACUUCUUGUCUCUCCGUCUCAGAAAGGGAAGGGUAUUCAUUGUCUCCUGCUUGGCUCGCUGGAAGCAUUUGACGGGCCACUUUUUAAAAAAAGUUUUAUUUGAAAAGAAAAAUAGAAAUAACAGUAGAAAGAGCACAGAGACUUAUACAAAAUACUAAAUUUAAACUAUAACAGAAAAGUAUAUUCAAAAUAUGUGGCAACACAGUAGCUUAUGGGAUGGCUCUCCUCUCCCUCUCCUUAAUUCCUUAUACCUAAAAUUUAAUAUCAAUAGUUUUUAAUCAGUCAUCUUUCAUAUUUUAUAUUCAGCAUCUUUCCAUAUUGGCUACUCUUCAUUUUUAGAGCUAUGUAAUCGAAGAAAUAGUUCCACUUUUCCUGGAAUUCCGGUAUUGGUCUAUUAUGGACAU